CAUUCAAUCACACUUAAUCUGAGCUUUGCUUCUAUCAUGACUUCUUUGGACACUUGCAAUGUUGCUCUGUUUCUUCUUGUUUUGGUUUCUUGGUUACAUUUUACCGUCGACGCAAGGAAGCUCGUGGAAUCAGGCGAAACCGAGCAGCCUUUGCUUUUCAAAUACCACAAUGGCCCUCUUCUAUCAGGGAAAAUCUCUGUUAAUCUCAUUUGGUACGGCAACUUCAAGCAUCCUCAACGCGCGAUUGUCUCCGAUUUCAUCGCUUCCGUUGCAUCAUCCAAGCCCACAGUAGCUCAACCCUCCGUUGCUACAUGGUGGAAAGCCACGGAGAAAUAUUAUCAGCUCACCAAGAAACCUUCUUCUCUUUCCCUCUCCUUGGGUUCACAAAUCCUUGACGAGAACUACUCUUUAGGAAAAUCACUCACGAAUCAACAAAUCGUGGAACUGGCAUCAAAGGGUGGUCAGAAGAACGCCAUUAACGUUGUCUUGACCUCAGCCGAUGUGGCUGUUGAUGGCUUCUGUUCUAGCAGGUGUGGAACCCAUGGUUCAGCUUUAGGAAGGUCAAGCAAUGGUCACAGUAAGUUCGCAUACAUCUGGGUGGGUAACUCAGAGACACAGUGCCCAGGUCAAUGCGCCUGGCCAUUCCACCAGCCCAUAUACGGACCACAGAACCCACCCUUGGUAGCACCCAACAAUGAUGUGGGUCUUGACGGGAUGGUGAUCAAUAUAGCUAACCUCUUGGCUGGGACUGUGACCAACCCGUUUGGAAAUGGGUACUACCAGGGUCCGAAAGAGGCACCGCUGGAGGCUGCAUCUGCUUGUCCCGGGAUUUACGGUAAAGGGGCUUAUCCUGGCUAUGCCGGAGACCUUCCGGUGGACGCCACAACUGGUGCUAGCUACAAUGCACAUGGUGUCAACGGGAGGAAGUAUCUGCUUCCUGCUUUGUUUGACCCUUCCACCUCAAAUUGCGCUACUCUGGCUUAAGAGUUUAAACAUUGAUUAUUGGAC